AUGCCGAUAGAAUCAAAUGAACCAAUCAAAAAAAUCAAGUCCGCCGACAAAGUUCGGACGUCUCAAAAAUUCGCCAGUAAAUCGAAAACCAGCCAUACGGGGACCAAUGUGAGUAGUGCUGGAAGCAACUCCGAUCUGACCUCAAAUUCAAUACCCGGAGAUGAUGGUGGACAUGUGGAUGCGGUUCCGUUGUUGCCAGAAGUCGCGGUGCGGGACGAAAGGGCGAGGUGGGAUUGGUGAGUGAGAAGGAUUGUUGGUGAUGAUGACAGGGAAAGUGUGAGGAAAAUCCACAUUAUUUCCCCGACAUCCCUGAUAUUUAGAAAUGAUAUGAUUUUUUAAAACUUUGAAUCGCUUUUUCACUUUUUUGUUGCCGGAAAAACUUGUGUCUAUAAUGCACGGUGAACAUCAACCACAAAAAAAAGUUUCAAGUCGGGAAAACUGUUUGCAACACUUUGUUAGGAUACCCAAGGGUAGCUCAAAUAAAAAAUUGGAAACAAGUCGGACUGACCAAAAAAUAGUAGAUUUGAAAACCUUAUUUUAGGCAUUUUUUGCUACUAAUAGGGGAAGUACUCCAAGUCCGACGCUCAGAGUUUUCUUCAAAUUUUGCACAGAUGUAGGGCAUAGACUAAAUGUCAAUUCCUGAGAGUUGCAGCUCUUGCCUUGCAAGCGUCGCCGAGAUAUUGAAUGACUUUUGCCGCCGAGAGAGCACUUUAAACGGGAUGGGCGGUCAGAGAGAAAGACACUUUUUGCCAUAACUUUGCUAGUGCAGAAAAAAAUAGAUUUUUUGUGGAAACAUUGCCUUCUGUGCUAGAAAUAGGCAUGAAAUUUUUCGUGCCGAAACUCGGCGUAAAGUCUCAAUUUUUCGCGGACUGUCGAUCUAGAAACUCUCGGUUGUUUUUGCAAAGCGUAAGCUAGGAUUCUCGCAUAUAAUUUUGGAAAAAAUAUUGUAAAUCUGUGCCAAGUUUCAUCAAAAUCUGAGCUUCGAACUUGGGGUACUUCAUCUGUUAGCCGACUCGUUAUGGAAAGAAUUGAACGAAACGAGACAAAAAAUCCUAUUGAUUUUUAAUGCAUAUUCAGGAAGCAAUGGUUCAAAUUCAUCUGUGUCCAUGUUUGUUGUGUCAUCAUCACCUUCGCUUUGAUCGUUGUCGCCUUCACUUUGGCCUUUAUUAUGUAUAAAAAUUUGUAUCUUGACAAAUAA